UCAGCCCAGGACCUGAACUGGAGAACCGUUUGGCUGGGGAAAGAAAUCCUCUCUCUCUCUCUCUCUCUCUCUCUCUCUCUCUCUCUCUCUCUCUCCCCUCCCUCCCUCCCUCCCCUCCCCCCCCCACGGUGGCCCAAACCCCAUGUCAUUCUGCUGCAAGUGACUUCAUGUGAUGUCAGCUUUAAAUGUAAGCGACAGCGAUCUGACGCUCGGGAAGAUGUUGGUUAUCCCGAGCUGACUGUGUGGCCUCUGCACGGCCGGCGCUCGGAUGCGUCUCUCGGCGUCGGGCAAAGGUCUGGCUGCUCGUCGCGAGUCCGGGCGUCCUUCCCACCUGCCGCCCCCUGCCCAGAGAUGGCCUCGUCGGCGUCGCUGGAGACCGUCAUGCCCGCGCCCUGCGUCCGCCACGGAGCCGCCAACCCGGCCAAGACGCUGGCCUUCUCCAUCGAGCGCAUCAUGGCCAAGGGCUCGGAGCCACCGCCGCAGCCCUUCAAGCCCGCCGCCGCCGCCUUCGAGGCGCGCCGCACCGAGUCGCCCCACAAGAAGCUGCUGGGCCUGUGCGCGCCGGUGCCCUGCGUGAUCCCCAUCCAGCCCCUGCCCGGCUACGAGGCGCCCUCCAAGGCGCUGCUCAGCUACUCGGAGCUGUGGAAGAGCAGCCUGCGCCAUUGCUCGACAGCGGCCGCCGCCUUCUGCAAAGCCAACUGCGGCGUCUGCUGCGCCAAGGGCGGCGAGCUGCCUCCCUCCUUGGCCCCGGCAGGCCCGGGCCGGGUGAUCAAGCCGCAGGCGCUGGCCGUGCCGCCCAACGGCGCCGGCCUCUACUACUUCAACUACCUGGAGUCGGCCGCCGCUUACGCCCCGUCGGAGCUGCUCCCGCCCGUCGGCCAGCUCUUUCCCUCCGGCCUGCUGCACUCGUCCGGGCCGGCCGCGGCGGCCGCCCUGUCCGUGCACCAAAAGCUCUUCCUGCUGGAGAACGCCAAGUUGGCCGGGCUGGCCCCGUCGGACAAGCUGCCCAACGCGCAGUUCCCGCACAAGGAGCGCCUGCCCGGCCAGCUGGACCAGGUCAUGAAGGAGAACUCGGCGCUGGCCGCCGACAGGAGCCAAGCCGCCGCCAAGAGCCACCACGCCAAGAUGGGCGGCUCCGGCGGCGCCUCGGCGGACGGCAAGCCCAAGAACUUCACCUGCGAAGUGUGCGGCAAGGUGUUCAAUGCCCAUUACAACCUGACGCGCCACAUGCCGGUCCACACGGGCGCCAGGCCCUUCGUGUGCAAAGUCUGCGGCAAAGGCUUCCGCCAGGCCAGCACCCUGUGCCGCCACAAGAUCAUCCACACGCAGGAAAAACCUCACAAGUGUGGCCAAUGCGGGAAAGCUUUCAAUAGGAGUUCCACGUUAAACACCCACAUUCGGAUCCACGCGGGCUACAAACCUUUCGUGUGCGAAUUUUGCGGCAAAGGAUUUCAUCAAAAAGGGAACUACAAGAACCACAAGCUGACGCACAGCGGCGAGAAGCAGUACAAGUGCACCAUCUGCAACAAGGCUUUCCACCAGAUCUACAACCUGACCUUCCACAUGCACACGCACAACGACAAGAAGCCCUUCACCUGCGCCACCUGCGGCAAGGGCUUCUGCCGGAACUUUGACCUGAAGAAGCACGUGCGGAAGCUCCACGACCCCGCCGCGCCCGCCCCCGCCGCCCCCCCCAAGGAGCUCCCGCGGACCGGGCAGAGCUAGGCCGGCCCUCUUAUAAGGGGAUCCCCCGUCUCCGCCCCAGAGGCCUGCAAUGGGGGAUUGGGGGGGCAACCACCCCCCCAAAGAACCCCCCCACCCCCACCCGCCCGGACGAUUCCUUUCGCUCCCCACCAAAGGGGACGAGCCCGCCGCCUCCUCCCGUGCACGAACCUUAAAGACAGCGCUCUGAAUCUAACUUAAAUGCCUCUAUGGAAGAGGACUUCUCGCAAGCGGCGCGGCUGCGGAUGCCGGAUCGCCCUCGUUGCUUCUCCGGGCGUGUAAGAGCCACGCCUUCCGCGUGUAUAUAUGUACACUGUGUAUGUAUAUAGGCUUGUAAAUUUAAAUUUUAAAUGUACACCCGGAUAAGGAAUAUAUCAUCUAUGAGGCCAUUGACGGGUCGUUUGGUAGGAGUCUUAUUUCCCGCUCUCCCCCCCCCCCCUCAGGCCUUUGUGGAUAUUUUGUUUGAUGAUGAUGAUGAUGAUGAUGAUGAUGAUGAUGAUGAUUAGUGAUGAGGGCUUUAAAUAGAGGCCCCCGCGGGGCGAUCCUGGCGACCUCUGCCCAGUCAACCGGAGGUUUCUCCUGGCAAGCCCCGCUGAUCUGAUAAGAUCCCCUCCAAAGGGCAGCGGGCGGGGAGCCCGGCGUCAAGUCGCAUUGCGAUCCGGCCGCCGCGGUGCCGCUGCGCUGCGCUCCACUCCGGAGCCCGGCCGGGAAUUCGGUUCCGAGUGGAAACCGGACUGGCGGCGCCGCGUCCGGACUGCAGGAAAGCAGAGCGGCGAGACGGUUGAAAAGGCAGCCCGCGCGUUAUGGGGUUGCCUCGAUCGGGGGAGAGAGGGGCUCACUGCAAAUGUUGGGGUUGCCGUUUGAAAAACCAGCUAGCCCGUCAACGGAGACUCCCAAACCAGCCAGGGGGAAGCGCCGGCCCCAAGACUUGGCUAGCCUCCUCUUUCCCUGGCCUGUUUGUUAGGAAAUGGGGUGAAUCUCGGUUCCGGGCCCUUUUGGGGAAAAAAAAGGAUUAGAAAGCAAACUCUCUUAUGUGGUGGUAGCAUCUCUGGAGCUAUUCAUCCCAUGGCUGAGACUCGGAGGAAAUAGGAACGGUUUUAUUCUUUUGUUUGAGUGUUUCAAGUUUAGGGAGCAGUUCAGAAAUCCUGGGUUGGAAGGAAGGAAGGAAGGAAGGAAGGAAGGAAGGAAGGAAGGAAGGAAGGAAGGAAGGAAGGAAGGAAGGAAGGAA